UAACAAAGUAUUUAGCAUUCUCGUUUGCUUGGCAAAGGAGCAUCUGCGGUAGUUGUCGUUCCUCACAAACGCACACUCGCAAUAUGAGAAUUUGUCAAAGGGUCUUUCCUAUUAGCAUUCUAAUAAUGGGAAUACCUUCAUGGUUUACGCUUCCGAGGUUCUUAACCUGGAACGCAGUGCCGCCAGGAUGGAAUCCCAUCAACAGACUGCCACCUUGUGGCCCCGACGGACCGUCUCCUCGUCCAGCUGCGAUGAGCUCGUCGAAUGAAGCGCUGCCAUUGUUGAGUUCUGAAGUUGCUGCUACGAUGGAUGAGCCAUCACCGUCCGCACUCGCAAACGCCUUCAGUUCGAUGAAUUUAUCACCGGUUCCUAGUAGCGUUGCUGUUGCUACCCCUAAGACUCCAUCACUUGCGCAGGAGGCUGUGGCAGCAACCUCGAUACUGGCGGAGUCUGCGCUUCCUAUCAAUCCAGCCUCUUCGCAGAUCUUGCCAGCUGCUUCUUCGGAGAUCCCGCAAGUGGUACCAGCUGCUUCUUCAGGAGUCGAAGCAUUCAACGUUCCAGUUUCCUCGCAGAUUGAAGAUGUUUUGCAGCCGUCCACGAUUGGCGAAUCUAUCAGUCCCCUCGCCACACCACAAGUCCCAGACGCUCCGCCAACCACUUCGAAUCCUCCUGUGAUCGUUAACCUACCAGGUUCGGCAUCAGUUGCGGAGAUUCUACCGUCAGCCUUAGCGCAAAGUGAGAAUCUGAGUCCUCCAGCGUCAUCAUUAGUCCAGGAUUUCAUGCCAUCCGCUUCCAACUCUCCAAACUCGUUACCAGCUCAGACAAUCGAGGCAGCUAGACCGACAGAAGCAAUUGUUUCCAGCUCUCCAGAAUCUUCGGUAAUGAUACCGAUACCACAAGCACAAGCCGGUGACUUGGCUGCAACAAUUGUGGGCAAUUUCUCCACACCUGCAACAACAUUGGAAGAUACUUCAGAGACAACCUCGCAGGAUCCGUCAAAAGAGACUCUCGCUCGAGUCUCCCCUCUAUAUCAGAACCAAACGAUUCAUUCGUCCAAUGCAACAAUGCCAUCAAAUGGCACGGGUCACAAUAGCACAAUAACAGCAACUACGAAGAGCUCGAGCAUACCGAAUAGUGGAAGCACUGAUACCUCCACAUCUCAAUAAAGUGCACCGCGCCUAAAUCUCAACAAUGCUGUACUCCGACAGAAACGAUACCAGGAGCACUGACUCCCGCCCAUGGUUAUUCCUGUAAGCCUGCAAUGUUUACCGGACCAACUUGCCAG